UUGCAAAUCGACAAUGUGCAAAAUGUAAACAAAUCCAGGUGUUGAUAGCAAGCUGUGACAAGUUUUAAUGAAAGUAUUUGAAAUACGAGCAUAUCUUUGCUGGAUUCUGAAAAUAAAACGGAUGCUGCUUUUGUCAUAAUUCUCUAAGUAUUUUGCAAAUCGACAUUGUGCAAAAUGUGAUCAAUUCUAGGCGUUGAUUGCAAACGGUGAAAAGUUUUAAUGAAGAUAUACAAUACGAGCGUUUUUUGCUGGAGUCUACAAAUGGAUUCGGCUGGCAAGCCGUUACCACAUAUUGUAGGGUGCGACGGGGCCAAGCAUGUCAUUUAAGCUUAAGCUGUGCACUGAUAAUGCUUUGCGUGAUUCUCAUCUUGCUUCAAAUUCCACCAAGAUCAUUGGAUUUGCUCUAGUAUUACUAUCAAUAUGGAUGUUAACUGAUCCCACAUUUUUAAUUUCGAUGACGCAGAACGAAAACAAUUAUUUCAUUGGUUUGUACAUUUUGCUCGUAGUAGGAGGAUUAAUAGUAACUGUUGCGUUUCUUGGGUGUUGUGGUGCAUUCAAAGAAUCUGAGUAUAUGUUAUUUUCAUUUUUUAGCUGUUUGCUAAUUGUCCUUGUCGCAGAGGUGGCCGCUGGUACAUGGGCCUAUCGUAAUUCCUCGAAAUUAGACACCUAUGUUCGUACUGCUGUAAAAGAAGCCGUUCAAGAUGAAUAUUCCGUGGUUGCUACAAGAACUGCAACAGUGGAUUCAAUACAAAAAUAUUUCCGUUGCUGUGGUGCCGAAGGUCCAAACGACUGGCAAAGUAGUGUUUACAAUCAUGCUGACCGUUCUUCAUUUGUCAACAUAGCAAUUUCAAAGCUAAACGUAGUAUAUAAAGUUCCAGAGUCCUGUUGUGUCGAAGGGCUUUCUACGGAGGAAUGCAACUCUUUUCGCAGUAAAGGACUGAUCACAUCAAUUGCCACGCCGGUAAUUUACACCGAUGGCUGCAUGGAAAAGCUGGUUAAAGAAAUAACGAAAAAUAUUAAGCUGGUGUAUAUCAUAGGUGCUGGAGUUGUAGGCAUUGAAAUCCUCGCAUUGACAUUUGCUCUUUUAAUGUGUUGUGCCAUACGGAGGAACGACAACUAUAAAAACUGAACAAACUAUGUGUGCGCUUUGAAUUAAUAAUCGUUUAAGUGAUUUACGUUGUAGAGUGAUGAAAUAAUUAUAAUCAUAUACACUUUUUCGCGCAUAACGAAGGUUAAAAUUUGAAAAUGUGGAAUAUAAGUUUUACAACUAAUAGGGUUGCAUCAGUUUUUCAGCCUGUUUCUAUUUUGAGCCUAUCCCCUGUUCUCCGUAUCUUAGGUGGAAACCAUCACUAAUUCUUACCAAUACCGUGGACCCCCGCUCGUUUGACCAUUUUCAAUCUGAACCUUUUUUUAAUUUAUAUCCCGCUGGUUUGCACGAUGUGCAAAUUAAAAAUGGUUCAAAUGUCAUUCUCAACAUGUCAUCAUUUGCUUAUGUCGACAAUGCACAUAAACACGAUUUGUUUGUACUGAUCUAGCGUGUUUAUUCUGUUUCACAUUGCGUUUUCCCAACGAUUAUGAUAGAAAUCCGAUCGAUAAAUGAAAUAUUCGCUGCUUGCAACUGCCAACUGAAUCAAACCACCAAAACAAUAAUAAAGAGCAGGGCGACCAGUUCACACAAGUUCCAGCAUAUUUGGCGUUGCCAGUUGUUCAAAUUAAAAACUAGUCCCGUUAGUUUGAAUUAGUUUGAAUGAGGAAUCGUUCAAACGAACGGGGGUCCACUGUGUGCACUUAUAUGGUUGCACAUUCAUUUGCUGCUGAUGAAUUGGUUCUUCAGGUACAGUUGAAACGAAACAGUAGGCCCAAUAAUUAGAAGCAUGCCGAAAAUACCACCCAAUGCUCUCAUUGCUAUUUUAUAAAUGCCAUCAUUGCUGCUAAUAAAAUAUAUUAAACAUUGCACAAUGAUACACCUGCACAAGCAGCGUAUAGACGUAGGCCAUUAGAUAACAAAACCUUUGUAUGUAAAAGCAGUAUAUGGUGUUCUUUCUGGAAUCACUAUUAUUCGAUAUACUCAUAAAAUAAAUUGAA